AGCUAACAAACUAGCCGAGGAUAGCAUCAUUAGCCUGCUUAGUCAGUCAUUCAGUCUGCACCACGAUAUGAUGAGAAGCAACUUGAGAACUCUACUGUGCUUAUAAAGAAUAUUUAGAAGACAUAAUGCCGGCAUGCAACACAUUAUCUAUAUUUGUUUUACAAUGCGUUGCUGUCCUUUUAACCCACCGUGUCUAGGUGUAUCUCGGCAAAGGAAUGAAACGGAGGUUACUUUAUCCAAGUAACGUUAGCGAGGUGGAUGCUAAUGGUAGCACACAAAACAGUUAACCGGGCGUACCAGCAAAGCAGUGGGAGUUUACACUGUGCAGUGCCUCCUCCCCGUCUUUGGCAUUGACAGCGAACACACGUCUUCCGGGUUCUCUGCGUCAUGACAGUAGAUGGAGGGGCAGAAGCAGCUCAUGGAGCAAGGCAGCAGAAUGAAGCUAUAGAUUGGAGGGGGUUUGGGGCUCCUCCUCCUCCUCCUGGUAUAUCUGUAUGGACAAAAGCUUUGUCCCUUUUCGGUGUCAGGCCAUGUCAGACAUGGACAUUAGCAGUGCAACAAACUAAGAGGAACUUUAUUCAAAAAAGCUGACGAAUUAAAAGAAGACAUACAGCAUGCAAUUUCUGUACCAGCAACGCCCAACAGCUCGGUGGAGCACACAUUGCCACCUGGCAUGUGUAUUCAUCCUGAUUACCUGCUCUGGACCAGUUUCACCCCUUCAUGCCCCUCCAGUGACAACAGGUCUCCGCUCUGCUUUCUCUGCCACACGAACCAACAGUGUUGUGGGAGGCCAGCAGAAGGCAGUGACCUUCAACAGGCUCAUGGUCAACAUCGGCGGGGACUUCAAUCCAAACACUGGUCACUUCCGCUGCCGCAUCCCUGGUGCUUACUAUUUCUCCUUCUCAGUGGGUAAAUUUCCAAAGAAAAUGCUUUCUGUGAUACUGGUGAAGAAUGGAGAGGAGGUGCAGGCUAUAGCUUAUGAUGACUACCGCAAGAGAGGGAGGAAAGUUCAAAGCCAAAGCAUAAUGAUCAGUUUGAAGGAAAUGGACACAGUGUGGCUGCUUUUACAGCAGAGUCCUCAAUAUGCUUUAUACAGCAAUGCUGGUCCUUAUAUCACCUUUUCUGGUUACCUUGUCUAUCCUGACAUGUCCCCAACCAGCUACAUCACCAACCACUUGUCCCCAGGCCUGUCCUUCCCAAACUGCCUCCCUCAGGGUGAUACAUGGGCCAGAGGUCAGACGACAGAGCAGCCACGGUCUGCCUUCUCUGUGGCACGAACAUCCUCACUCCUGGGUCAGAGCAGCAGGCAGCAGGACAAGCCACCUCUGACCUUUGAUGUGGAAUAUGUCAACAUCGGGGGGCAUUUCAACAAAACCUCAGGCAUGUUCACAUGCCAAUUCCCUGGAGCGUACUUCUUCGCCUUCACUGUGGGGAAACACCCUCGCAAGGCUGUUUCUGUGAAACUGAUGACAGGGAAGGGCGAGGUGCAGGCGAUGGUGUUUGACGAGGACACAUCGAAGAGACGGGAGAUGCAAAGUCAAAGCUUACUGUUGUCUCUCCACCAGGGCGACAGUGUGUGGCUGUACAGUCAGCAGGACGAGCGUUAUGCUGUCUACAGCAACCAGGGGAGGUACACCACCUUUUCUGGCUUCUUGGUUUACCCUGAAGCAGAAACACUCACACCCCUGCCCACACAGGACAGAACUCACCUCUAAAUGUCUUAACUCUUCACGGUGUCCUUUAAAAAAAUAGUAAAAAAUAAAUAAAUAUGUGUAGUACCCCUUUGUUUAUUUGCUCGCUGUCUUUUUUUUUUUUUUUUUUUACAGUAAAUAGUAACAGGGAUUACAUUUGUUGCCAAAUUACUCCACAAGAUGGUGCUAUGAUACAGUUAAGGACACUACCCAGAAUGCAUUGUGGUUAUUUUUGUCCUAAAAGUGCAAUUAGCUAUAAAACAUCACAAGAUAACAUCUUGAUUCAGUAAUGGUACUUUGUUUCACAGACACAUUUAUCUUUAAAAUUCUU